GCAUGCCACACCAGUAUAACACCCCAUCAAUGCUAUUAUGUUUCUGCACUAUGCUCACUAUGCUCACUCAUAGUUUACUUUAGAGUAUGGUAUAGUGAUUAACAUAGUAGUUAACUGCUUCUCGGGAGAUACAGAAGGCUUCAGUACCAGUAGCAUUGGGUAUAAGCCCUAAUGGGUCUGUUUGCAGCUGGAUUUCUUCUGAUCCAAUCACUGUUUCAGAUCACGAGUGUUGACAAAAGACUCUGCUUGAUUGGACUGAGGUUUACCACCAUUUAACAUGAAUUUUAAUUUAUUUAAAUCAAUACCCUCAGAACCCACACACAGUCUCGUUGUUCUUGCAUUUUUCAGAAGACAAGAACGCAAUAGGAAUACUUGACAUUGUCUUUUAUGGCUCCCGAGCACAUCUAUUGCUAUAGAAUGGUUGUUUUGUUCAUUAGGCUGGGCAAGGUUAAUGUUGUAAUUCUAUGCCCAUGGCAUGGUCAGGUGGCCUAUGUCAGAUGGCCACCCUUUCAAAGAAAAUGCCCCUAAAUUUCAUAUGACUUUAAAUCAUUUUAUGCCAUUUGCUUUUGCUGUAUUUUAGUUGUUGAUUUAACUGUGCAACCACAGAUGCACUGAGAAACAGGCUAUCAUUUUUUUUUUACUAUUUUCCAGUUGUUCUUUUCAUUAUGAAAGAAUUCAGCUGCUCUGUUCAGUAUGAAAGAAUCGCAGAGUGGUGGUGAUGGACUAGAAGUAGCUGAGGUUUAUGGAAUGCUGGAGAGUUCAUUUGAGGAAGGACGCCUGUGGGACACAUCAGGGAGAGAAGGCUAGCGAGCGAGGGAUCUGAACAGAAACCCGAGAGUCCACUGGCAGGAAAGCAGUGUCACCAGAAAGGUCUGUGGCAAUAAUGUAGACAGAUGAAUAAUGUAGCAGGUGAAAUUAUAACACUUCCUCCACCAUGUUUCACAGGUGGGAGGGUGGGGGAGGGGGCCUUUCUUUCCCCACACUUUCCUCUUUUCAUCAAUUUGGUAUAGGUUAAUACUUGUCUCAUCUAUCCAUAAGGUUUUGUGUCAGAGCUCUACAGUUUUUUAUGUACUUUGUUUUAGCAAAGUUAUGUUAUGCUGGUGUAGUCUUCUCUUUAUGGAAGUCUCUGACACAUCUGUGUCUACAUCGUGAUGAGUGUUCUUGAUCUGUUCGACAGUUGAAAGUGGGUUUUUCGUCACAAUUUGAACUAUUCUUUGUUCGUCCACUUCAUCUUCUGUGGUCUAUCAGGUCAUUUGCUAUUGAUGAGCUGACCUGUGCAUUCUUGGUUUCUAACGAUGUAUCCAGGGCCGGCCCGUGGCAUAAGCGCUCUAUGCGGUUGUUUAGGGCCACAACCGCUAGGGGGGCCACACGACCACGAGGGGGGGCCACACAAUCCAAUGUUUAUCUAAGGAAAAUAACGUUAUUUUCGUAAUUAUGUUAUUCAUCCCCUAUCGCGGAACGAGCGGAGAACCCCCAACAGCACAUCCCCCCCCCACCCCCCCGAUCGAACGCAUCCCACAGAAUUGUUUAGGGCCACCAAAAUCCUAGGGCCGGCCCUGGAUGUAUCAAACUGUUGAUUUUGACACUGAUCAAUUUACUCUGAUUUUUCAGUCUCCUGAUGGCCUGCUUAACUCAAAUUAUAAGGAAAUAAGGAAAUUAUACCAUACAUGUAUAUCCUAUGAUACCUUUCCUUGUCUAAACUGAAAUAAAAAACUGAAGAAUAUCAAUUCCUUUGCUACUGUCCAAUGCAAAGGGAAAACUCUGAUUGCAGGGAAUUUUUUUCAUGUUUUGUGAUUUGUGAACUGACUGUCCUAUCAACUUAUAUUAUGUUGUUGUUAUUGUAUUGUAUUGUUGAAUGGACGACUAUAGUUAAAUGUUAAAUGUUUUUACAGCCCUUCUGUGGGAAGUGAGCUCUUGGGAUUUGUGAAGACUCAUUUAGGCGAAAGCAGGCAGCCAUUUGAGUUUUGAGAAUGAGCGCUGAGAGGGCGGAAAUGAGCGGCAUUCCAAGGCUCUCGAGACAGGACUGUGAACUGCAGCAAAGCUCACAUCAAAGGCAGUGGUUUGCCGAAAUGAGAGCAUCCAAGCACACAGGACAUUCUUCAUCAGCUGGGGCUGGUUCAAUAAACAGAAUCAUCUUAAAUUUAAACUGAUUCAUUUUGAGACCGUUAAUCUGUAGAAAUGUUUGCUGUGUAGGACCUGGGUCUUAAUAGUAUUUGGCUUUAGACGCGAGAUCCUUUCAUUAUUGUUGAGAAAGAAGCAGAGAACACAUUCUUAGUGUGCUGUAAUUGACAUGGCUAUAUUUUUCUCAUUUGCACAAUCGUGAGAAGUGGGGCUUCAAGAAUCUUCCCGCUCUUAGCCUAACUAAUAAUUUGUAAUUAAUUCCAAGCCUUUUGCCGAUACGGCGGCAUUUUAUGAGUGAAAAGACUACCUCACUUGCUUUGCAAUCACUGUGUAUCUGUUAAAACCUUGUCGUGGUGUGUUAUGUUCGAUUGGAAAACGCAGUUUUUAUCGCGUUUUAAUGUGUUCUUAACUGUUUUGUUUCUGUGUGUUAUACAAAUAUGCAUUGCGCAAUUGAAGAAUUUCCAAAUAUCCGCCUCAUCGAACACUUUAGGCUGCUAGAACCGCUUCAACAGUCUGUCUCUUAAUGAGUACAAUGCGCUGUUUCUGGUAACUGUUUGGCUAUAAUGCAGUGCAUGUUUAAACGAAAAAGGACAUUAUUUCUAUUCUUUACUUCGGAAGACGGGUAAGAAAAAUGAAAAUCGAUUGAAAACACUUCGUGUCGCAUAUGUUUUCUUCAAGUAGCCUAAGAAAUGCAUGAGACAAAGCAAAUUCGACUCAAUUCUGGAUUUCUUGUAAAAUUAUACUAAGAAAAAACGUUCAUAAACGUAAUGGGAGCCCCACCCCCGGUGGAAUAGUCUCAAAUCCCGCACACAUAAGCGCGUUUAUUUCCAGCUUCAGUUUUUGGAUCCUGGGGGCAAUAAUUGCAGUGUGGAUUUCGUUUAAGAGGAUGUGUGGUCUUGGAUCAGAUUUGGGUAAGGUACAAUGCAACCAAUUUAAUUACCUGCGAUUAUUUAGCCGUCAGCAACUGUUAACCAGCGGGGCGCCAUGGACAAGUAGAACAAUAACUUAUUGUUGCCUAUAUCGUGAUGUAAUAGUGCGGACCAAAUGUGGUAGGCUACUCGUUAUUUUUCCCAUACAACCUACUGUGCUAAGCACUCAAAUGACCAGCAGCAGUCCUAAUGUGGUUAUAUUUCAAUAUCUGUAUCAUAGCGCAAUUUGAACACAGUUUUUGGAUUGUGGGGGUUGGAGGUGACGCGGGAUGAUACCUUGUGCAGGUUCAUAUUAGAGUUCAUAUCAGUGCAUCAACAUACAUAAUGUUGAAAAUUGUGUGGAGACAUCAAUAACCGCGCGAAGACUACCCGAACUCGAAUAGUGUCUUUCGCCUUAGGUGCUGUUCAUCUAGACUUGGGCAGGAUUCGUUACUGCGAGGAUAGGUAAGAAGCAAUUAUUCACAUCCUGCAGCAGUUUCAUUUCAACACAGCUGUGGUGCCAUAGCAACAACAGUCAAGGAUCAUAACAUCGGUAACUUCAGCGAAAUCCCCAUCACUCCUGCCUGGCAGCACACAACUCGCCAUCUCAAACUCUAUGCGCAGCUUGAAGACAAACUCCGGGGAGCCAGCGCGAACGCGCCAAAUAAAAGGAAAUGUAUUCGUAAGAAACGCAGGUAAUACUGGAACACUCAAUGGAAACUACAAUAUGGUGUUUAUGCUCUUGACUGGAGAAGUAUUUUUUUCAAGUGGACUUUCAUGGAGUACCAUGCAGUGCAAUUUUCGUCACGCGACAUACCCGUCGCUGAAGAGAAACUUUAAAUAUCUUUAAAUAAAACGCAGAAUGGCUCAUGUUUUCUUACAUGGUGGACAUUUUCAUGUAUUACUUGGUAAGUUAAACUGGUCAGUUUAUUAUCUAAAUACGUAUUUAAAGUAGAGCAAUACUACGGAAACGAACCCUUCCGUAGCCUACAUCGUUUUCCACGACGGGCAAAACUGCAAAUUACCUCAGAUGGGCUAAAGUAUCACCAUACUUUAUUUCACAUGGAUUUCCCCCGGUAGUCUAACAAACGGAUGAGUGACUGCCCUGCUGUCCAAUCCUGAUCAUGAUAGCCACUGGUGGCCUGCUGCGGAUUUCUGCUAGGCGACAAGACUCGCUCAGGGCAAAGAAUCGAGCGGAGAACAAGCGAAAGAGGAAAGCGAAGAAGAAGAGGAAGAAUGAUGUGGUUGUGGUCAAAGGCAAACUCAAGCUGUGCUCCAUUUCAGGGCUAGUCGCGGCAGUAGGGAUCCUUGUGCUCCUGGUGGGAAUAGCCAUGGCCGUGCUGGGAUACUGGCCAAAGGACAGCCCCAUUUACCCAGCUCGUCAGGUGGCCAAGCCUAAAGCUGCAAGGACCUAUGGCAAAAUACUGCCUGUAUUUGCGAACUGGACAAGCAAUAACCAGAAUGUGCAACCUAUGGAUGAAAGCGUAAUUAACUUUAAUCAUACCAAUGGCACCUUGACUACUGAUGCUCCCCCAACCCUUGGUUUCUUUGCAGAGUUCCUUGACCAGCACAUGUAUUCAGAUAAGCUGAAGGUGUUUGGCCCUCUGAUUAUGGGUAUUGGAAUUUUUCUUUUCAUUUGUGCCAAUGCAGUGUUGCACGAAAACAGAGAUAAAAAGACCAAAAUCAUCAACCUUAGGGACAUCUAUUCGACGGUUAUCGACAUCCACAGUUUGCGGACUAAGGACAGUAGCCCACUAAAUGGCUUUGUGAACUACGUGCAGUCGAGGGGCUUAGAGGGCAAGCUGAGUCCCGCCUACAGUGCUGCUGUGCUUGCCAAGAGCUCCUGGCCCUCCACGCUUCCGGGAAAAUUGCAAGAGCAGGGGGCCGACGACCAAUCGAAGCAGCAGUCCUUUUUGAAGCGACACAGCUUAUCACCAGAAAGGCAGACUUUCACUGACACAGUCUACAGCAUAUACAGGGAGCAGAACAGGAUGACCGAGCAGGUAUCAGAACCCAAACAGUGGGAGACCAGGUCCUUAGUCACCUCUUCCGUUAACGCUUUCACUCUUCCGGUAAUAAAGCUUAAUAACUGUGCAGUGGAGGAAAGAAGGCGAUCUGGGAGAACGGACGCGGAGAGCCUACUCGACUGUAAAGCCAAGGCUGUCGUCUGCAAGGCCCAGGAAGCUCGGCCGAGCUCCAGCGAUCCGGAAACCAAAGCGGAGGCCGCAGGAGCUGCAGGGCUGUCGCACCAGGAUUCGCUGGAUGUUUACAAGAGCAUGGGCAGCCUGCCGGGGUUGCCCCGUGCGUCACCGCAGGGGUCGCAGGUCCAGCUGCUGCCUGCCUCACCCGGUCGGAGGCUGACGGGGUCGCACUUGUCCCUCAGCGCCCUCUCCGACUACUCGAGGUCCAUUGACCUGGGCGUCUGUCCGUCGACAGCCAACGAGAGGCAGCAGGAGAGGCCCCGUCGCCUCAGCUGCCCUCGCCUGGACUGCUCGAACAACAAGGGCUACAUAAAACUGGGGGACCUGGGAGGGGAGUCUUUUGACUCCUCCGAGCUGUUGGCCUCCAGUCGAAAGGUCUCAGCGGAAGCGCUGGCCGAGAGACAGAGUAAGGUAACCACUCCUCACCGGGAGGAUGGAAACUCUGACGAAAUACAGCAAGUGAUAAAAAGGCAAUACUCCAACAAGGAAAAGCUUCUGAUGAUAUCCAGAUCAGACACAACUUUGGACGAUGAGGAAGUAGAAAGCACUGACAUUUGAAGGAACUUUAAAAAGUGUUCAUUUGCACAAGGGUGACAUGCUACAGAUUUGUAAAAGACACUUUAUAAAUCAUUCAAAAAACAGAUCACUUAAAAUUAUAUAGACACAUAGUGUUUAAAUCUCUGAUGAAACUCAUCUCUGAUGAAGCUCCUUUUUGCCAUGAUCAUGCAAUCAAAGGUUGAAAGACAUAACAUACUAUUUAAAAAAUUAAUGUAUUUUGUCUCAAUUCAAGUUUGUAAAGCAUUUAUAUAUUGAUUUGCAACAUCUAAUGUAGGAUGACCAUCACUAGUUAUUCAUGGUAUUCAAGCAGUUAUAGACGUCAUAACCCAAAGAAUCUCAGAAUGUUGCAGUUAAUGUUUACUGAAGGAGUCAAAGCAAAAACAUGGAGACAAAACACAAAAAUGAUGGUGCACUGUUAAAUUGUGAUAGUGUUUCUCACUAGAUUAAAUAGUGUGUAUUUACAGUAAAUGUGGCUGUUAAACCUAGUUUAAUACCAGUAGUUUAAUAAUUAAGUCAAUCCAAAUAGGAGCUACAGUCUAAACCUGUUAUUUCUUAUGCGUUUUGAAGUAGUUUUCUAUGGCUGGAUGGAUUUGUUUUGUUAGUUUGAAAUCAAACUUAGCAAUACUACAAAGUGUCACUUUCUAACUGCUAAUGAAAACAAAAGAGAGUUUGUAUUUUUCCUCUCACUGCAAGUAUAGCAUUUAUUUCAAUCCUUGAAUUACACAGGUAUGUUGCUGCUUAAUUUGAAUGCUUGGCUUGCUUGUCUAGAAAAUUAUAUAUUUACAGUAUAACCUGCAAGAUUGGCAUGAGUUAAAUUAAACAUUUGACAUACAAGCACGAAUCACUCCUGAGCUUAAUGGAAUGGCUCAGGGUCUUGGUUUAUUCUACCCCUUAGUUUUAAUGAAUAAAUCUAUAGUACUAUACUGAAAUACAUUUAUAAAUGCCAUGGUGGUGUUCUGUGCCAAUUCAGUUCAAAUAUAUUGACAUACUUUGGACCUUGAAGUGCCUACGAUGUGACAAAUGAACUCAAUAGUUGAUGAUACCCAGUAAUACUCAUUCGUUACUAAGCACAAGCACCUUUGAUAUGGGUCACACUUUUUUAUGUUCUUCAAUAUAACAUAAAAUUUGUUAUAGCCAGAAGUUAGCUGUGAUGCAUAAGCAGUGGAAUAUUGGCAUGCUCUAUUUAUUUUACUUUUUAACUUUUGUGAACAUUUUCAGAAAUAAGUCAAUCAAUGAGUGUAAAAAUUAUUUUGCACCCCAAAGACGUUGUAAGCUGCAAAUGAAUGAGCAACUCUGUAAGUUUUGUGUUCAUGAAAUUUACUGUUUCUGAACACAUUGUUCAAAGGGAAAACCAAUGGAAUGUGUGCAGUCAGUUGCACCAAGAACAUGAGAUAAACGAAAAACAUGCACUGUAAAACAUGAAUCCUUUCAAUAUGUUUUUCCUGGAGGGGAAUUAAAUUGACUGCAAACAUU